AUGGGUUCAGAUGACUAUGUUAUAUUUCCACAAUCUGUUGGUUAUGGGCUGGUUAUUGGUGUUGGAUUUGCAUUUGCUCUAUUCAUGGUCCUUACAACUUUGGUCUUGGAGAAAUAUAGAGGUGAGGUUCAAAAUUCUGAAAUGUUAAUGACUGGUAACAGAUCCAUCAAAUCAGGAUUGAUCGCAGCAGCUGUUGUUAGUUCUUGGACUAUAGGUCCAACUUUAUUGUUAAGUACUCAAGCUGCUUAUAACUUAGGAGUUAGUGGUCCUUUUUUCUACGGUGGUGCUGCUAGUUUCCAAAUGGUCGUGUUUUCAGUUGCAGCUAUUGAAAUUAAGAGAAAAGCACCCAAUACUCAUACUUAUCAAGAGAUUGUUAGAGUUAGAUAUGGUAAAAUAACACACUUGUUAAGUUGUGGAUAUUCAUUUUUCCAACAAAUUUGCUUUUCAACAAAUUUAUUAAUUAAUGGUUCUUCAAUAAUUGCAAAUCUAACAGGCGUGAAUCGAGACGCUUGUAUUGUCUUAUUACCUUUAUUUGUUACCAUAUACACUUUGUUUGGUGGUAUUAAAGCAACUUUUAUUUCAGAUUAUUUCCAUUCAGUUAUAAUUUUCUUGAUUUUAUUGAUGUUCAUCUUUGUCACAUAUGCUACAAGUGAUAAAAUUGGAUCACCUGCUGUAUUAUAUGAUCUAUUAGUUCAAGCAGGUAAAGAUUUUCCAGUGGAGAAAAAUCAUGAAGGUUCAUACUUAACAAUGACAUCAACAAAUGGUUAUUUAUUCUGUUUAGUCUUAGCAGGUGCUGGUUGGGCUACUGCAAGUGAUUCUCAAUUGAUGCAGAAAGCUUUAGCAGCUGAUCCAAGAUAUGUUUUACCAGCUUAUACACUAGGCUGUUUAUGCUGGUUUGCAAUCCCAUUUGCUUUAGCAACCACUCUUGGUUUAGCAUGUCGUGGUCUAGAAAAUACUCCAAUGUUCCCAACUUAUCCUGAACCACUUUCAACGCAACAAAUCAAUGAUGGUCUUGUCAUGCCAAUUGCAGCUUAUGCAUUAAUGGGUAAAAUUGGUGCUGGUGGUGUCUUGACGAUGAUAUUUAUGGCUUGUACAGCUGCUUAUAGUUCUGAAGUGGUCGCGGUUUCUAGUACUUUGGCACAUGAUAUUUAUAAGGCAUAUUUUAACCCUAAAGCUACAGGAAAACAAUUGGUUUAUGUUUCACAUAGUGGUGUCUUGGGAUUCUUCAUUAUUUGUUUAGCUUUAGCUAUUGGUCUUGCACAUGCUGGAUUUGACGUUUCAUUCAUAACAACGGUAUCAGGUAUUAUUGUUAAUGUUAAUAUUGUGCCUAUGGGGUGUACAUUAUUUUGGAGAAAAAUGUCUUCUUUCGCUUACAUCACAGGUACAUUAUCAUCAACAUGUGUUGCAUUAGCGGUUUGGAUUGGCUAUGCUGCAAGUCAAGCUGAAGGUAAUAAGAUUAAUUUGACAACACUCAGUACAUAUAGUGCACUAGCUGCAGGCAAUACUGUUUCUGUAUUCUUCCCUCUAGUAUGGGUUCCUAUUUUGGUUUUCAUUAAGCCUGCAAAUUUUGACUGGGAAGUUUGGAAAACUAUUCAACAAGCUGAUGAUUCAGAUAUAAAUAAAAGUCAUGGUCUAACCAAUAUAUUGAGUAAUCAACAAUUAACUCAACAAAAUCUUAAAGAAGAAGAAGAAAGAGAAGGAUUUUUAAGAAAACAAAGAAAUAUUGGUAUUUGUUUAGCUACAUUUGUUGUUUUAUUUUUCUUAGUUAUAUUCCCUUUACCAAUGUUUGGUGCUAAAUUCAUAUUCACUAAAUGGUUCUUUACGGGAUGGAUUGUUGUUAUGUUUAUAUGGGCAUUCCUUGCAUCUUCUAUUAUUUUAUUAUUACCUAUAUGGGAUGGGAAAGAGGCUUUGAUAAGUAUUUGCAAACAAAUUUUCACUAGUAAAGGUCAGAGAGAGAUGGAAGUUAUUGAAGAAGUUAAUGGUAUUGAUCAUAAUAUUGACGGAAAGUUAAGUGUUUCUAAAGAGAAGAAUGAUUUUGAAAUAAAAAAAUCUUCAGUAUGA